AUGCUUCUCUUGUCUGCCACAGCUUGGGGGGGGGGAGGUGCUCCGGCGGUCUCCUUGGCUGUUCUUCCUUGUCGCCAGCAGAUUACAUGUAGGGAGGGGACUCAACUAGUCCGAUGGAGUAGGGCAAUGGACAAUGAUCUUGCAUUAAAAAUUUACAUAAAAGCUAGAGCCACCCCCAAAGUUGUUGCAGCUUUUGCUGAAAGAAGGGAGUUUGAUAAAAUUCUGAUUUACUCCAAGCAGGUUGGGUAUUCACCUGAUUAUCUCUUCCUUCUGCAAACAAUUCUUCGAUCAGAUCCUCGGGGUGCUGUAAAUUUUGCUUUAAUGAUGUCCCAAAUGGAAGGAGGUUGUCCUGUUGAUUACAACACCAUUACAGAUCUUUUCCUUCAGAGGAACUUGAUACGAGAGGCAACAGCUUUCCUCUUGGAUGUUCUUAAACCCAAUUUACCCGAACAUGCUCACCUCCAAACCAAGGUCCUUGAAAUCAACCUUGUAACAUUCCCUAAUGUUGCUGAUGCCAUAUUAGCUAAUGGGAUGUUCAGUCACUAUGAUCGCCCUCGAAUUGCUCAACUUUGUGAGAAAGCAGGUCUUUAUGUCCGGGCCCUUCAGCAUUACAGCGAGUUGCCAGAUAUCAAACGUGUCAUUUUAUUGGUCAAUUUAAGAGGAAACCUUCAGAUCAUCGUCCAGGUUGCCAAGGAGUAUUGUGAGCAGCUGGGUGUUGAAUCAUGCAUUAAAAUUUUCGAACAAUUUAAAUCAUAUGAAGGCCUUUACUUCUUCUUGGGGUCGUAUUUGAGCUCAAGUGAGGAUCCUGACAUACACUUCAAGUACAUCGAGGCAGCUGCAAAGGUAGGGCAAAUCAAGGAGGUUGAACGAGUAACACGGGAAUCAAAUUUCUAUGAUGCUGAAAAGACCAAGAAUUUCCUAAUGGAAGCCAAGCUUCCUGAUGCAAGGCCAUUAAUCAACGUGUGUGAUCGCUUUGGCUUUGUUCCAGAUCUCACUCACUACCUUUAUACCAACAACAUGCUUCGGUAUAUCGAAGGUUAUGUUCAGAAGGUCAACCCAGGGAAUGCUCCCCUAGUUGUCGGACAACUCCUAGACGAUGAAUGCCCCGAGGAUUUCAUCAAAGGUUUAAUCCUAUCCGUUCGAUCUCUUCUUCCAGUCGAGCCUCUUGUGGAUGAGUGUGAAAAAAGGAACCGACUUCGUUUACUAACUCAAUUUCUAGAACACCUAUUUAUUAUAGGGGAUGGAACAAACAUGUAUGAUUUCACAUAUGUUGAGAAUGUUGCACAUGCUCAUGUAUGUGCUGAAAGAGCUCUAGCUUCAGAUGGAUCUGCCUCAAAGAGAGCUGCAGGAGAGGCUUACUUUAUAACGAAUAUGGAACCAAUAAAAUUUUGGGAGUUCAUGUCACUUAUUCUUGUUGGGCUUGGGUUUGAAUGGUAUAUUCUUGAUUUUUGGUUUGUUUUCAAGUUUCUUGCAAAAACUUUGGAUGUUGUUCAAGACAUUGAUUGGCUCAUUUCUCUUGGAAAUGCUUUUGCAAAGUAGUAUGAACUUUAUACAUAUGAUGAUGAGCAUUCUGCACUACUUCACAGGCUUAUUUUGGUGCUGGAUUAAGUGGAGUUCUGGCUUGGUGUGUGCGAGUGGGAAGGAACCAACCCAAUGCCCCUGGAGUUCUGGCACCUUCCAUCUUUACUUCCUAUGUAUCCAGGGUCUUGUUCAAUGCUUUAGCUAUGUUUGCUCUAAGGGAGAUCAACUUAUCAAAAGUAACCUUCUCAACAACAACAUUCUACUUAAGCAGGUGAGUAAUCAAGAUUAAGGGAGACUUGUAAUCAUGUUUGACAUUCCUUUCCAGUAACAAACAGAGUUGUAUGAUUAUUUGUUAGUUUUAUAGGAAUGUAUAGCCCAUGUAAGCAAUGUAUUAUUUUUGUUUA